UGUUUUCAAGACAGUAUGUUUCUUUAAUUUAUGAAAACUUUCAUAACAAGAUUUUAAUAAUGUGGCCACAGGAAAUCAUUCUUUCUGCUUGGAUAGCUCUUGUUUCUUUUCAUUUCUUUUUUAUAAUGAAGCUUAGCAUGAGUUACAGGCAAUAUUAACAUGACUCUAGUACACAUCAUUAAAAUCCUUUCAUCACAAAAUCUUCCAUGAAAUGUUUAUGCCACUUUUAAGUCAGUCUUCUGACACAUUAUAUGGUACAUUGUUUGUCAGGUAUCAACUUAUUUUGCAAUUAUUUGAAUGGUAUGUUAAAUAAUUAGAUAUUGUAUGUGUUUAUUUAUUCAUUUAUUUUUCAGUAAUUGCAGUUACUGAAUAGAGUCUAAUCACUACAACUCUGUACCUGAUGCAAGAAUAAAACCCUGAUGUCAGUCAAAUUAAACGUAGCUUAUAUAUUUAGGAGGUAGAAGGAGAACUCACCUGGACAUGGGAACAUGAAAAAAGAAAAACAUUAAGUACAGUAACCCAUGCUCAGGACUAAAUAGGGGCUGUGAGGGUCCUGAGACAGCAAUGCUACACACUGCACCACUAUGUUACCAUACUGUAUGUGUUUUAAUAAAUAAAUCUUUUCAUUGUAAUGGCAGCACUGGAAACUUGAUGGUGAAUUCUAAAGAAUUCUAAAGAAUCCUGAAGCAUUAUACACUGAUAUACUGUCAUCUAUGCAGGGCUAGUAGAAGACACUGUAGCUCUGUCUCUUUCACCCACACACGCACACGCACGCACACACACGCACACACACACACACACGUUUGUCUUACUAUCCUUGUCAUGACCUUCACAUCGUUGUAGGGAUGGUCGUCCCCACCAAGAAAUAAAAACAUGACCAUAGACAGACACGCGCACACACACACACACACACACACACACACUCACGCGCAAACGCGCGCGCGCGCGGCACGUUCCUACUGUAUGCUUGCACCUAAGCUUGACUCUUUAGCUGAGCGCCUCCACUUACACACCGCAUACUAAUAGUUUACGGGGGGGAGGGAGGACUUGGAGGACUGGGAAGACUGGGGGGGUUCACAGCAGAACAGAAUCAAUCGCGUUUUAGAGAAAGCUUUAUACGGAAAUCCUUUUGGUGCCGGUUGAUUCUUUUGUUGCUUUUUCUCGCUCUGUUCUGAAGGACACCAUCUUCCAUGUUGCAUUUUGACAUCAUCAUGUAUGUAAAGUAGCGUUUCGACCUGAGCGAAUCGUUGACAGUGCAGUCCUUGAGGGGGGAAAAAAGCCUUGUAUGGAGCGCAUCAACAUGGAUGAAGAGCGGAAAAAAAUCGUCCUAGUUAAUUGAGAUUACUCGUUCAGUCGGAAUACAGCUGCGUUUUUGUUGCUUUGAGUUGAGCCCACGGACUGCGGUGGUGUCAGCGAGAAGGCUGCUUUUACCCAAAGCGGAAAAUGUAGCGGUUUAAUUGAAUCGCUGAAUCGGCGUGUGUCCGUGUCGCCAUCACUCACUGCGCCAGGAUGGAGCGAUCGCCACGCUGGAGAUGACGCAAAUGACCCAGCUCUCCCCCCAAAAAAAGUGCUUCAAGACGAACAUGGCGGCAACUUAGCACAGGACCAAAGAUGAUUGUGACUAUCACGGGCAAAAGCUCGAGGCCAUCCGCCCAGAUCCGGUGCAGGAAAUUCGGCGGGCCACAGCGCGAACUUCUCGCCUUCCCCUGACGAGCGCCGGUAGAGGGAGAGGAGGAGACGAAGAGGCGGCAUCCCAGCGACUUAUCCUCGAGACAAGAGAAGAGGAGAGGAGGAGAGCAGAGGACAGAGACAUGCUGGAGCGGAGGAGCGGGCUUUCCUCCUCCAGAGAGCCACGGACUACGGGAAUAUGUCAGCGUGCGCUUCAUUAUCUGUCUGUGCAUUAACUGAACCGGCAUAGCGGAUCGACACAGAAACAGCAGGAGAGAGAGAGAGAGAGAGAGAGAGAGAGAGACAGAGCGAGAGAGAGAGACGCGUUUACAAGGGGGGGAAAAAUCCAUCUAGUCAAUGAAUAUUGUGGCAGAGGAGCCGUCGCGGUGGAAUCGGCCGGCGUCGCGCUUUCCUAAAAUAUGACCAGGGGUGCUCGGACGUGUCGGCAGCAAGAUGACGGCUUAAACAUACGCUCUGCACCCCGCCAGGACCAGAAGCCAUCCGCCAAUUCGGACCGGGCCCAGCGAUGGCGACUGCGCUUGGCCUCCUUCUUGUUUGCGAGCGUCCUGCUCGCUGAUCGCCUGUGGCUGUGCGCCGCGGCCAAACGGACCAGACGGGACGAGGUAGCGUUCAGGGACACGGGGGAUCAGGAUCAGGAAUACCGAUCUUCACACGGCACCGCCGACUAUACUCAUCUCCUCGCAGGGAAAUCUAGCGCACCUCUGUGGAGACUGCAAGCGUGCCACCCCGACAGCAUCUCCAAAAGCUGCUUCGCGGUGGCGGACGCCGAGGCCGCGUGUUCGGGCCUCUCCGACGCCGAGUGGAAUCUGAGUGAUUUGUACCUGCCCUUUUGUGAUUCCUUCUCCCUUUUGGAUUUGUUUUACGGGUUCUCGAGUCCGGGCAACAUAAGCUGCGGCCUCGAUAUGUCCGCGUGUUCCCGGUGCGUCCGGGCUUACCAGCUCCUCGACCGGCGAGCUCAGGAGAGGUACCAUGAGUUUGAGCUCCUGGUCCAGAAAUACGAAACGGACGCGUAUUCGGUGCGGACAUGCAUGGAUGAAUGCACGACUGUCUACAAACACUGGCUGUGUUUCCAGUACUUCCAGACCACACAGAUACACUGCAGCAACAGGAUCCCAUGCAGACGGUACUGCCUGGAGGUCCAGCAGAGGUGUCCCUUCAUAUUGCCUGAUAAUGACGAGUUAAUUUAUGGUGGAAGCCCUAGUUUUAUAUGCACAGGGCUAAUGGAAGACAGCCCUUCAGACGUAGAAGCAGAAUGCUGUGAUGUACGAUGGGACAGCAAGUCUGACAACAGCUCCAAAGAGACUUUCAAAAGAACUCACCCGUCAUGCCAGCACGGGACGUCUCUGAGCUCGUCAGCAAACUCCAGACUCUGCAACAGCAGGCUCAAACUCUGCCUGCUUGUCCUGGUCCUGCUCCAUACUGUGGCCACAAUCACAGCCUCCCACAACCUCAGCACCAUAUCCUCCCUGGAGGAGAACUCCACCAAUGAGGAGUGACGAAGCAGACGAUCAUUACAUCCAACAAUCGUCUGUAUUCGGUCCAGCUCGGAUUGACUGCAGUGCAUUCUGGGACUCCUAAUGCAGGAGGGGAUUACUGUGGACAUGCAAUCAAACAAAACAAACAAACUGACAUAUCUAGACAGGACGUAUGAACGUUAAAAAACACUGGACAAACUUUAAUCCAAUGUCAUGAACAAGGGACAACACCACAGCCUUUUGUUGAAAGAGACCUCUCUAGGGUGGAGUUCUCUCGCACCAUAUUUUUUACACUGUGUCAAAUGGUUUGGAUUUUCAGUUGCACUAGACGACUACAGGAUCUCUUCAUGUUCUCGUUUUCUUUUCAUUACUGGUCUUUGUGCAGGAAAGGAUGGGACAUGUGGAUGGCUUAAGUGUAUAUUAUCAAAUUUAAAGUAUGAGUGUGUGCAUGUGUGUGUGUAUGUGUGCAUUAUCUGUGCCCAACCAUAUGCUUCAUAUAUGCUGCUCUGUCCAUCACAAAGAUUACUAUGGAGCCUAGAGAAAAAUGAAAGUCGGAAAGUAGAAAUCUACUGAAUUCAAUGUCCAAAUCAAAACCCAGCAUUUUGAUUUGCUAAUUGAUUCUUCCUUACUAAAGCUGACUGGUCAAACAAUAGUUUUCUUCUUCUUCAUACAGUAGUUCCUUCUGUCCCAUGCCAUUGCAAUGUCAUUGGGACAGAAGGAGGUUGUGAGGCUCCAGUUAUGUGUGCAAUAUACAGAAAAGUUAUUGACUGGAAGUAGAAGUGCUUUCUGAGAAUAUUAUAUUAAUAAUAAUAAUAAUAAUAAUAAUAAUAAUAAUAAUAAUAAUAACAGAACAAUGGUAGUCUUUGAGAUAUGAUUCAAUACCAUGAUAAAUGUUUCCUCUUUUCUAUUUUCAAUCAACAUGCACAAAAGCAAACACUCCCUAAGCCUGCUUUCUUUCCUGCCCUUAGUAGGAUAUUUCUAUAAAUAUUUUCUUUACUCUUUAUUCGAUAGCUGCAUGUUAUUACUAAAUAGAUAACAUUUUUAUUAAUAAACCCAAAUGAUAUGAAGACGUUCAGAGCGCAAUGUAUUUUAAGCAGAUUCUCAGAUGAAACGAUGCCUGAUUUUAUUUGGAUUAUGGACAUAGCCAGAAAGAACAUAAGAGUAAAAAAAAAUAUACCCAUUGCUUUGCUGAAUCUCUCAUAUCUUCCACAGUAAAGGGCUUUUUCCAUUGUUUACACAUGCACACAUUCACACACACUUUUGCAAUUCUUGCUUGUAGAGAGUAAUAUGGCUUGGACUGCUCAGUUGCAAAUUUUUUUAAUUUUUAUUUUAGAAUAGAUAUGUAUUAAUAAAACACUAUAUAUAGA